AUCUACUGAAAAGCUUAAAAUACAAGCAAUUAAGUAAAUAAUGCAAAUUAGCAUAAACAUCUGGUGGCUCAACCGCAUGCAAAUAGGCUAGAGUAGCCCAGCCAGGUGUAGCGUGGUCACUCGAAUGGAUAAGGAAGAGCAGCCAGGGAUAUCCACACAAGAGUAGAUUUGAUCCCCAAUCCACAUGACCAAGACCGGAUGGACUCCAGCCGCGCUCUUCCUCGGAGGCACCUACGGUCGGUCGCCCGCACACGGACGACGGAAAGAACUCCAGCCGCGCUAUUAUUCGUCGGACGAGUCGCCGUGAAGGCGGAUGCCAGGCACGUCGCCAUGGAGAGGCUGCUUGCGAGCCCGAGCGCUGCUAGGCUCAAGUUCUCUCGCGGGCAGUGCGGCUGGUUGACGACGGGCUGCGGCUGCUCGACGCUGCAAAGGCGGAGGCCACGAGGCGCAAGGGUGGGUCGACGUUCUCGUCGUCGUUGGCCUCAAGCGGCGCGGCCGGGCCAGCGUGAAGCUAGGCGGGCGCAACCGACUCAAGAGGUUCCAACGGCGCGAGCUGUACGGGCGGAGCGGGGCCGCGGGAAUGGAGUCGUGGCCCCAAGCAAUCUUGUCGGAGGGCGUAGCCCGCCAGAGGGUUGAAGCCGGGCACCGGUGGAGGUGGGGGCACGUGCACCAGCCAGGGAUCGAGUCCAUUGUUCAUCUGCGGGAGAUGAGGAGCAACGGCACGAGGGCCGAGUCCAAUGGCGUCGUAUCAUUGAAGGGAGCCGACGAGGCAGCACUGCCAUGCCGUGCGCUGGAUGACAUGGUUGUGUGCCGUCGGCCUGACUCGCCUGAGGUCGCGACGCCGUCAAUGGCCGCGCGUGGAGCAGCGGCCCUGAGGGUGUCCCGCUGUGUGCGUGUGUCGCGGGCGACGGUUCAUACGCCGGCUUGGCUACUGACAAGCGACGGCGACGACUGUCCUCAUGAAGGAGAUGAAGGUGAAGCAAUGCAAGAAAUCAACGCCACAGCCUGGUGCGAGCGUGGCACACGCAAGAAGGCGGAUGGACGGAGCGUGUGACGCGGCGCAGCCCGGGCGGCGGCCGGAGCCCCGCGCGGGCGCAGCGUGCAGCUCUAGUCCCCGUCUGUCUUCUCGGUGGUCUUCUCUCUUGGUAGAGACUCGUGCUGAUUACGUGUUGGAAUAAAACGAGAUUGAAUGAAAGUGAAUCGA